CAGCAGGAGAGAGAUUCCAAACCUUUCUUCCCACAUCCUUAUGUGUGCUUGAUGUAGCUAAGGGAGGCAUCUGGAGACUGAGGUGGCAUUUUUCACACUCUGUUCCUCCCACCCCCUCCACCAGCCCUGAUUUUUAUAUCCCACCGCACAUCUGGAAUACAAGGUAGCUGUCGUGUGUGAGGGUUUUUUUUAAUGAACAGGACGCUGUUCUGUUUUUUUUUUGUUUUGGCUUUUUUUUUGUGUGUGUGAUUUGUUUCCUAAAGGAAUUUUUUUAGUGCAUCUAUUUUUGGUGUGUGGGUGAAUUAAUAAGGAGGAAUUUAUUUUGCUCUAUUGGACCAGCGUUUCUGUGGCAAGCAAGGUGCUACCGAAGAACGAGAGCAAGAAAAAUCUUUCCUUCUUGGAGUAACUGUCCAUGGGCUGCGAGUAUAUGGAGGUUAAGAUUGUGAGAUUGAACGUGUCUGUGCAUUGCAGGAGCUGAAACAUAACACAGCGGCCGGAUUGGAUUUGAUUCCCCGUCUCCCAUUCCUCCUCGUUUUCCGCACCCCCUUUCCCUCCUCCCAAAGUAACGACCACCUUCCUUUGCUGUUGAACACAAGGGAGCGAGGGCUAAUGUUCUCAAGCUCAGACAGUCCUCGGGAGGACCUGAUCUACGCCGAGCUGGAGAGGGAGGGAGAGAGAGACAGAUAGCAAGACCGAGGGAAUCAGACACUGUUCAAUGGAAGAUCCAUGCUGGUGGCAAUGCAAGGGGGAGCCACUCUGAGGCUCCUAUCACCAUUGCUCAGCUCUCUAACAAACCCAAGAGCAAGCUCCUUCAGUAACCAGAAAGGGAUUAAACUCAAUGAAGAUGAGGCACAUGGGCUUACAACUCCUGAAGAUUUUAUUAAUACUCGCGUCUCAUGUGGAUUGGGCAAAAGGAAUCUUGAAAAGUACCCCUACCUUGAACAUUGCCGUGAUCCUUGGGGGCACAUCCUGUGAGAUGGACAUCAAAGAUGUUUUGAACAAAGAUGAUUUCCAACAUUUGCCCAUUGAUCCCAAUGUGGUGCAGGUGACCGUAAAUGAGACUGACCCCAAGAGUAUCAUUACACGUGUGUGCGAUCUCAUGUCUGGGAUGAAAAUGCACGGUGUGGUUUUUGGUGAUGACACGGAUCAUGAGUCCAUCGCAGAAAUUUUGGAUUUUAUUUCAGCUCAGACUAUGAUCCCAAUUCUUGGAAUACAUGGUGGUUCCUCGAUGAUAAUGGCUGACAAGGAUGAUUCAUCAAUGUUCUUCCAAUUUGGACCGUCCAUUGAACAGCAGGCCUCAGUGAUGUUGAACGUUAUGGAGGAGUAUGACUGGUAUAUAUUUUCUAUUGUAACAAGCUACUUCCCUGGAUACCAGGAGUUUAUCAAUAAGAUCCGAAGCACCAUUGAAAACAGUUUUGUAGGUUGGGAGAUGGAGGAGGUCAUGUCUCUGGAUGUUUCAAUGGACGAUGGUGAGUCCAAAAUCCAAAACCAAUUGAAGAAGCUUCAGAGCCCUGUCAUCCUCCUUUUUUGCACCAAGGAUGAGGCUACCUAUAUCUUUGAGGUGGCUGAGUCAGUUGGCCUCACUGGCUAUGGCUACAUCUGGAUUGUGCCAAGUACAGUCACAGGGAACACAGAUAUUAUUCUGCCCGAAUUCCCGACAGGAUUAAUUUCCGUUUCCUAUGACGAGUGGGAUUAUGGACUCCCAGCCAGGGUGAGGGAUGGAGUGGCCAUUAUCACCACAGCAGCCUCGACAAUGCUGGCUGAACGAAGGGAAAUCAUGGAACCCAAAACCAGCUGCUACAGUGUACAGGAGAGAAGGGCUCAUCAAUCAAACACUUUGCACAGAUACCUUAUGAAUGUAAGCUUCGAGGGAAGAAACCUUUCCUUCAGUGAAGACGGGUACCAGAUGCAUCCCAAAUUAGUUAUUAUCUUACUCAACAAAGAGCGAGUUUGGGAGAAGGUCGGGAAAUGGGAAGCAAAGAGGUUGACCAUGAAGUACCACGUUUGGCCCCGGUACUACUUGUUCUCAGAGUCGGAGGAGGAGGAUGACCACUUGAGCAUCGUCACGCUGGAGGAAGCGCCAUUUGUCAUCGUGGAGGAUGUCGACUCACUGAGUGGAACGUGCAUGAGAAACACAGUGCCCUGCCGGAAGCAAGUUAAAGCCAUCAACGAGACUGAAGGAGGAAUCUACAUCAAGCGGUGCUGUAAAGGAUUUUGUAUUGACAUUUUGAAGAAAAUUGCAAAGUACGUCAAGUUUACAUAUGAUUUAUAUCUGGUGACAAAUGGAAAACAUGGGAAGAAAAUCAACGGGACAUGGAAUGGCCUGGUUGGAGAAGUGGUAAGGAAGCAGGCACAGAUGGCUGUUGGCUCAUUGACUAUUAAUGAAGAACGAUCGGAGGUGGUGGACUUCUCAGUCCCUUUUAUAGAGACUGGAAUCAGUGUAAUGGUGUCACGGAGCAAUGGAACUGUGUCACCGUCUGCGUUUCUGGAGCCAUUCAGUGCAGAUGUCUGGGUGAUGAUGUUCGUAAUGCUCCUGAUUGUCUCUGCUGUCGCAGUGUUCGUCUUUGAGUACUUCAGCCCUGUGGGAUACAACCGGUGUCUGGCUGAUGGAAGGGAACCAGGAGGGCCUUCUUUCACCAUCGGCAAAGCCAUCUGGCUGCUCUGGGGCCUUGUUUUCAACAACUCGGUGCCAGUCCAGAAUCCAAAGGGAACCACGAGCAAGAUUAUGGUGUCGGUUUGGGCCUUCUUCGCUGUGAUCUUCCUGGCCAGUUACACAGCCAACCUUGCUGCAUUUAUGAUCCAAGAGGAAUAUGUGGACCAAGUAUCAGGCCUCAGCGAUAAGAAGUUUCAAAGACCAAAUGAUUUUUCUCCUCCUUUUCGGUUUGGGACUGUUCCCAAUGGAAGCACCGAGAGAAACAUCCGGAACAAUUACUUUGAGAUGCACAGCUACAUGACUAAGUACAACCAGAAGUCGGUGCUGGAUGCAUUAAUAAGCUUGAAGGCAGGGAAGCUGGAUGCUUUUAUCUAUGAUGCGGCUGUGCUGAAUUACAUGGCCGGGAGAGAUGAAGGCUGCAAGCUUGUGACGAUCGGCAGUGGCAAGGUAUUCGCAACCACUGGCUACGGCAUCGCCAUCCAGAAAAGCAGUGGCUGGAAACGUCCAGUAGACCUUGCCAUCCUGCAGUUAUUUGGUGACGGAGAUAUGGAGGAGCUGGAAGCCCUCUGGCUGACUGGUAUCUGUCACAAUGAGAAGAAUGAGGUGAUGAGCAGCCAGCUGGAUGUCGAUAACAUGGCGGGCGUGUUCUACAUGUUGGGUGCUGCAAUGACGCUGAGUCUCCUCACGUUCAUCUGCGAGCAUCUCUUCUACUGGCAGCUGCGGCAUUGUUUCAUGGGCGUCUGCACUGGCAAACCAGGUGUCAUGUUUUCAGUCAGCAGGGGUAUAUAUAGCUGCAUCCAUGGAGUCCCCAUCGAGGAUAACAAGUCUUGCAUGGAGUCCCCCACCGCCACCGUGAACGACACCCACUCCAACAUCAUGCGGCUGUUGCGGACAGCCAAGAGCAUGGCCAACCUGACCGGGGUCAACGGCACACACUUCGGCUCCCCCCAGAGCGCCCUCGAUUUCAUCGGGCGGGACCCAUCGGUCUUCGACGUCUCCGAGCACCGGCGGAGCUUCACCCACUCCGACUGCAAAUCCUACCAGCCCGACGACAACCUCUUCAGCGACUACAUCAGCGAGGUGGAGAGGACGUUUGGCAACCUCCACGCCAAGGACACCAACAGCAUCUACCAGGACCACUACCACCAUCACCGGCCGCACAGCAUCGCCAGCACCAGCUCGCUGGACAUCCCGUACGAGUGCGACAACGCUAUGUUUGGCACCCAGGGCCGGGCCCUGGCGAGGAAACCCUUCGAGAUCGGCCUGCCCCUGAAGCACGCCCAGGGGCCGCUCGGCGACAGCUACGAGAGCCACAAGUACCUGUUCAAGAACGACCGCUACGCCCAUGACGACCUGAUCCGCUCGGACGUCUCGGACAUCUCCACGCACACGGUGACCUACGGCAACAUCGGUAACACCAAGCGGCGCAAGCAGUACAAGGACAGCCUGAAGAAGCGGCCGGCGUCGGCCAAGUCGCGGAAGGAGUUCGACGAGAUCGAGCUGGCGUACCGCCGCAAGGCGCACACCUCGGACCGGAAGGCGCGCUUCUUCAACAAGGACAAGCUCCGCGACUUCUACCGCGACCAGUUCCGGUGCAAGGAGAACGCUGGCUCGCGCUGGGAGCACGUGGACCUCAGCGACCUCUACCAGGCUCACGACGACGACUUCGGCAAACAUGAGGGGCCGGGCUCGCGCCUGAGCCGGCCCCGCCCUGUGCACGUGGGCGAGUUCGCGCCGUCCGCCAAGGCCAACCUGCACGCGUCGACGGUCGGCCUGUGGGACAAGAGCGCCGGCGGCGUGCCGGACUGGGGCGACGAGCGCCAGGCCGACAGCUACUGCCACAACUGCCCCAGCAAGCUGCACAACUACGGCGGCCAGAACGCCAACCGUGGCGGCCCGUGCCUGUGGUGCGAGGCGUGCAAGAAGACUGCCACCCUGUACGACAUCAGCGAGGACAACUCGCUGCAGGACGUGGACCAGGCCCUGGUGCCGGGCUCCGGCCUCUCCAAGUACCACCAGAGCCCCACCGACUCCACCAAGCUGCAGCGGCGCAACCGCGGCAAGCUGCGGCGCCAGCACUCGUACGACACCUUCGUGGAGCUGCAGAAGGAGGACAGCGUGGCCAUCGCCCCGAGGAGCGUCAGCCUGAAGGAGAAGGACCGCUUCCUGGAGGGCAGCCCGUACGCCCACAUGUUCGAAGCGACUCCGGAGCCGGCCUUCGUCGGUAAGGCUGCCGCCCCGGAACGCCACAACCUGAGCCGCUACACCCUGAGCAAAUCCCUGUACCCCGACCGGGUCACCCAGAACCCCUUCAUCCCCACCUUCGGCGAUGACCAGUGCCUGCUCCACGGCAGCAAGUCGCACUUCUUCAAGCACCCGGCCGCUUCCAAAGCCCGCCUCGACUUUCACCCAUCGGCCAAGGCCGCAUCGUCCAUGUUCAACGCCAUCCCGGCCAGGUUUCAGAAGGAAAUGUGCACAGGAAGCCAACCGACGGUGUGUGUGGCAAAUAACAAGACUCCCAGGGCUUUCAACGGGUCCACCAACGGACACGUAUACGAGAAACUCUCCAGUAUUGAGUCCGAUGUCUGAGGUCGGAGUCACUCCUGCUUAUCGGGGGGAGGGAGGGGGAGCUGUCAUUUAGGAGAUCCCCAUUUGGACGACGUACUGGAGUUCCGGAUGGACCUGCUUCGUUUUCUAUUUUUUAAGUUUUUGAUCUUCAUGCAAAACACCACAGAACAUCGUUUUCUUUUCCCAUUGCAUUUCUAUGGGAGUGAAUCGGAUUCCAUGAUUUAUAUUAUGUCUGGUCCAGUACAAUAUGACAAAAUUCUAACUGCAUGUCAUUUGUAUCAAGUUACAUCGGGUGAUGCAUCUUUGUGUAGGGGGUGAUGAUUAAUAUAGUAAAUAUUAAUAUCAGUGCCAAUACUGUACAGUUAAAAGCUGGAUUAACCCAUUCGCCACUGAAAACUCCAUAUGGCUUCGUUCUGAAUGCCUCUCCAGGGUUCUGGAAAACAAUUGCACGAGUGGAUGUGGCUUCUAGUAAAAGCGAUCUCAGAUCGGUGGUGGGUGUGUGUGUGUGUGUGUGUGUGUGUGUGAGACCGUGCGUAAGUGUGUAUCUCCAGUCAUGGACGUGUGUGUGAAUACAUGUGUAUGCUCUCCAGGGGCAGCCUAUACUGGCAUUGUCAGGUCUUCAUUGUGGUGAAACAUUGUGACAUCACACAUUCGGUGACAUCACAGAGUCAGUGAUGUCUCAAUGGUAGUGAUGUCACAGUGACUGUGAAGUCAUCAAGCCAGUGAUGUCAUACUGGUUGUGGUAUCACAGAACCUGUGAUAUCGUGCAGAACUGAUGUCAAACUGAUGGCUCAGUGUCAGCGCUGUCACAAUGGCUGGUGUCACAGUGUCAGUUAUGUCACGAUGGCUGAUGUCACAGUGGCACCAAUAUAACAAUAAUUAUGACAUCACUGUUCCAAUAAUGCCACUGUCAGUGACAUCAUGAUGACAGUGAUGUUGGUAUGUCAGUGAUGUCACAGUUUCAGCAACAUGGGUGUGUUUCAAGAAGUCAAUGAUUUUGAAGCCCUUGAAAUAUAUAUCGAGGCCAGUUUUUUUAAGGUCUGUGGCUAUCAAAUGCAUAUUGCAAUUGCAACCACCGUGAUAGUGAGGCCUACAGAAAAAGAUGAAUCUUCAAUUCAGGUGCAGCCUCUAAUUAUCAAUACAGGGAAAACAAUUUUAUUCCACCACGGUGAGUGAUAAUGUUAGUGUCCAACAACGUUAUUGUCAGACUGGAAGGGAAACUAAUGACUCAUAAUUAAAUUAUCACUUACAAAGUCCUCACAGGUCUUUCUAUGACGGAACGCUGCUAUCUGUCAGUUAGCAUAUUGAUGGUCUCUUCUCAUUCCAUGGGUUAAGAUGAUAAUUUCACUGCACCAGUGCCUCGUGAUGUGAAGUUUCAUUGCAAUAAGAAUGAAACAUGAUAUUGCACUACAAUCUAGUAGUAUUUGAUAUUUCUGAUCAGGAAUUAGUGGACUGCUGCUAUGCGGAUGGUGAUUCAGCGAUGCUCUUCGCUUGUGGGAAAAAUUAACUAUCUUUCCCAUCUGCAGGUGGGCAUUCAACAGCAUAUCAUCAUCAGUGUGGCGGUCUGCAUUUAAUCGAUGCAUGUUUCUUCCCUUAGUUAAAAGGCGCUCCUUCACUCCCAACUAUAGCAUAUGUCUGAGUGCAACAUAUGAUGUCAAAACAUUGAAUAAACUAUGCUAAUAGAGAUAAAUCUUGACCUGACUAGUCAGUAGCUCCCAUUCUUCCCAAGCUGACUGGAGGGCCCUAAGGAUCUAUGGUGACUGGUUAGAUCAAUCCUUCUGGUAAAGGCUAGGUGGAGUUGAGUGAGGUCUGCUAACUUUGUCUAGGAAGGGAAGCCUUUGGCUACACUGUGUUAGUUUUCUCCUAGCUGUGACACCAUUUAAAACUCGUCAUCUUGUACUUUUAGACAUAGAUGAUGCUGAGAGCACAGUGGUAAAUUGAAAAGAAUGCAGGAACACCAUUACGGUGCCGACAGAUAAUUCAGAAAUGAUGCUGGCUUAAAUAUUUGGGGAGAUUUUAGCUCUAAGUGGUGUCGGCUGGGAGUUAUUUGUUAUUGUUAUGGAAACGUGAGCAACUUUUCAAUUUACACCUUAUAGAGGACCCUUUUCUCCUCUCCCAUUGACUGAUAGACAGCAGAAAUACCUGGACUAUAAACAAAGGGCUCCCUUAGCUUCACAAGUACUUGCUAAGUUUUAUAUUCAGAUGUGCCCGUUCUUGGAUUUGUCGCCAACUAGUGUGCAGUCGAUGGCACAAUGUUAACUAUCCUGAAGAAGAGUUUCACCCGAAAUGUCGACUUCUCCACCUUCUGAUGCUGCCUGGCUUGCUGUGUUCUUCCAGCCUCCUGCCUGUCUAUUUGGAUUCAAGGGUGUGUGCAGUUUUUUUUUGUGUCUAACAAUGUUAACUGUGGCUCAGGGGGUUAUGCUCUAACUUUGGCAGAGAGAGGGGCUAGCUGUGUUGCUGUUGCAGAGAGCCAGCACUGAAAUGACAGGCCGAUUGCCUUCUGCUUGACACUCAAAUAUGGCCAUGGUUGACCAAUUCCCAGAUCCCAGAUUUGAUCUCCAGUCUAUGGGGCUUGUGCUGAUAUUAGUUGCAGCUACCCUGUGAGACUGGGAUUAUGGGAAGCAGCAGGCAAUGAGAUUUCUGGGCAUGGACAUGAUAGAUCCUGUGCUGUAUCAUUUUCUGAUCUGGAUGCACAGCUAGAACUGAGAUACAGAUGUGAUGGUAAUGGAGAACAGGCAACGUGGUUCUGUUCUCUCCUGUUAAACCUGUUGUUCUCAAUCCAUUGUGUGAAAGUUAAAUUUGAGGGAGACUCAGUUGGGAGGGGGUGAAGAUUAAAAAUGUGUUGCUGGAAAAGCGCAGCAGGUCAGG